AUGGGUGGCAUGCUCUUGCGGAAGGGCCAGCUCCUCCCCUACACAAAGUGGUAUGGGAAGCAGCGCGGCCCGAAAGAUGGGCUUCGUGAGCUGAAAAGUUCCCUCAAGGAGCAGACCUGGAUCCUUUGGCCGAAAGAGGACAGCGAGUCCCAGCAGUGGAAAGUUCGAAGGAGCUGGCGACUCCACCCCCGGCGGAGAUCGCUGAAGUGGCGGGCCAAUGACCAGUGCCGUGUGAAUCCUCCCAACAUGGAGGAGAUAACGCAGUUCCUGGAGGCCAAGUAUGUUGCAAAGGAGGAGCUGCUAGACCUGACCCUCUACUUGCGCCGCAGCCAGCGGCUCACGAGCCACGUGCUGGCACUGCUUGUUCGAAGAUUUGGGCGCAUGCAGCUCUGGCAGACGGCUUUUGGCCUCCUCUUCCGCACGCCUCGGGCGCUGGAGUCAGCGGAAAUGGCCGACCCGGGGCUCUACGUGGCGGCGGCGGACGCGAGCCGCAGCAGCGGGCGCUGGGACAGCGCCCUGUGCGUCCUCGCCCGGGCCCGGCAAGAUGGGCUACAGAUGAUCCAGAACGUGAGCAACGCCGUGAGCUCGGCCGUGUUCCGCUGCCGGGCCCAGGCUUGGCCCAGGGUUCUCCAGUUGCUCCUGGACAUGCUUGCGAGCUCGAGGGACUCUCGGGUUCUUGUGGCUGAUCAGAUCAGUUUCGGCGCGGCCAUCUCAGCGUGCGGCCGCGCGGUCCAGUGGCACAAAGGCAUGAAGGUGGUGGGGCUCAUGCGCCGCUGGAAGCUCUUCCCGGAGACUGUGCCUUUAACAUCUGCCGCAGCAGCCUGCAAUCGCGCAGAGGCGCGGACAGGCGCUUGGCGUUGGUCGCUUUGCCUUUGCGACUGGGUGCGCCAGGAAGGAUCGCUUCCAAGCUUGACUCUGUACAACUGCGCCAUAGCCGCCGCGAGCCGUGGAGCAGAAGAACGUGGCAACUGGACUUUGGCCGUCCAGCAGCUGGACCGUCUCCAUGGGGCUCGGCUCCAAUCUGAUCGGGUGUCUCUGUCGUCCGUCUUUGCCGCGUGCCAACGAGCAGCUGCUGCGGAGCCGGCACUCGAAAUGCUUUCACAAUUUUCCCGCACGCGCAUCCGCGCAUGUGCCAUCUGCCACAGUAGUGUGAUUAUGGCCUGCGCGGCCAAGCUGAAAUGGCAAGAAGGAGCAGCCCUGCUGCUAUUUCUGAAGAAGAGCUUUGAUACCAGGCAAUCAUUCUUGAGGUCCAUCGUCAGGGCGGCGUACUGGCGAGAAUCCCUGCGCUUGCUGCGCUUCUCUUCUGCUCCCGGUGGCAGCUCGAAGCUAAUCAGCAGAGCCGAUCUCGUUCCUGCACUGGAAGCUUGUUCCGCCGGUGGAAAGGUCCGAAGGGCAUACAAGAUACUGCAAGCAGCACGUUCCCGCGGAUGGCAGGUCACGGUGCAGGAGCAGGCGCUGUGCAUACAGUCCUGGUCCCAAGCCCUCGUAAUGCACGAGUCCAUCAGCCGAAGAGACCAGCGCUUGGCGUUGGGAUCCUUGUGUCGCUGGAGUCUCUGGCGGGUGGCGUUUUCCUUGGCCUUCCAAGAAGUUGGCCCCCUAGCAGAGGCGUGCGCCAUUACCUCACCAGGUUCGGACUGGCAGUCUUCCUUGCACAUGCUGGCCGAGCUGGACGCCCAGGGCCAGCUGACGGCCGCUGCCACAUCUUGCAGGCGGGCAUCCUGCUGGCAGCAGGCGGUGGCCCUGCUGGCGCUCACGUGGCUCUGGCGCUUCAGGCCUGGCACUGACGCGUACGACGCUGCCCUCCGGCCUGCGCGGAAGAACGGCGUGGCAGGCAAGGCAGUUGGGAGGCUUCCGGCUGCUGGGGCGAUAUCGAGCGCAGAGCAGCGAGACAAGAUUGGAAAAUGCGUGCUACUAGGUUGGGACUUUCAGGGUACAGGCUUUUUUUACAGCGCCCUUCCUCGCAUGAUGUCUCGCGCGCUGCUUGCUGCCGUGCUCCUCGCUGUGCCGGUGGCAGCCUUCGUGGCCCCAGGUGCUGGAGUCAGCACCACGGCCAGCAGCGCAAAGGCGGUGCAGCUGCCGGAGCAGCUUGAGCCGACGCACGAGGAAGCCGACAGCAACGUCCUGGGCGUUCUGACGGCCGGCUUCGGCGUCGGUGCGGUGCUGGGAUGGCUGAACUCCCGAAAGCAGCAGCUGGCCACCACCGCAGCUGCGGCGGCUGUGGCUGUCGCCCCUGGUGCGGCCCAGGCGAUGGUGGACUAUGAUGGCGUGAAGUACCUGGGGGGCACUGACAAGGUCGACAUCAACAACGCCAACAUUCAGGCCUACCGACAGUUUCCGGGCAUGUUCCCGACCGUCGCUGGCUUGAUCGGCACCCAUGGACCCUACCAGCAGGACAUCUACAACAUCCCGGGCAUGGAUGACAAGCUCAAGAACAUUGCCAAGAAGUACGAGGGCAACCUGGUCUGCUUGCCAGCAAGCCCUGCGUACUUCAUCGACCGCAUCAACAACGGCCUGUACCGGUGA